ACUGUCGUCUGCAGUUAAAACAGGAAUAAUUCGAAUUAAAACUGAAAUCUGCUCAUUUUUCCACUUGUUCUGAAAUGUUGAGGAAGAGAACAGAACCAGAGAUGGAUGAAGAUAUAUAUGCAAACUCUGGAAAUGUUUUAGAGCUCAAAUCGACUGCUUCAAACGACAGCAAGGAUUCAUAUGAAAAGAUCUACAUAAAUGAAGACGUCCCAGAGACUCGUACAACCAGGAGCCAUAAGGAAUCCCUGACCACAGUCACACGAAUGGGUUCUACAGAAAACAGGAGAUACAGACUGGCUGCAGUGUUUCUGGGUCUGCUUUUUGUUCUCUUGCUGACUGCCAUCAUACUGCUGUGGAUCCAGUUCAACCACCUUACUGCAGAGAGAGACCAGUUGCAGACCAGUAACACCAACCUGACUGCAGAGAGAGACCAGUUACAGACCAGUAACACCAACCUGACUGCAGAGAGAGACCAGUUACAGACCAGUAACACCAACCUGGCUGCAGAGAGAAACCAGUUACAGACCAGUUACACCAACCUGACUGUAGAGAGAGACCAGUUACAGACCAGUAACAUCAACCUGACUGCAGAGAGAGACCAGUUACAGACCAGUUACACCAACCUGACUGCAGAGAGAGACCAGUUACAGACCAGUUACACCAAGCUGACUGCAGAGAGAAACCAGUUACAGACCAGUUACACCAAGCUGACUGCAGAGAGAAAUCAGUUACAGACCAGUUACACCAAGCUGACUGCAGAGAGAGACCAGUUACAGACCAGUAACACCAACCUGGCUGCAGAGAGAAACCAGUUACAGACCAGUUACACCAAGCUGACUGCAGAAAGAGACCAGUUACAGACCAGUAACACCAACCUGGCUGCAGAGAGAAACCAGUUACAGACCAGUUACACCAAGCUGACUGCAGAAAGAGACCAGUUACAGACCAGUAACACCAACCUGGCUGCAGAGAGAAACCAGUUACAGACCAGUAACACCAAGCUGACUGCAGAGAGAAACCAGUUACAGACCAGUUACACCAAGCUGACUGCAGAGAGAGACCAGUUACAGACCAGUAACACCAACCUGGCUGCAGAGAGAGACCAGUUACAGAGCAGUUACACCAAGCUGACUGCAGAGAGAGACCAGUUACAGACCAGUUACACCAACCUGACUGCAGAGAGAGACCAGUUACAGACCAGUUACACCAACCUGACUGCAGAGAGAGACCAGUUACAGACCAGUUACACCAAGCUGACUGCAGAGAGAGAUGGGCUCCAUAGAAGAUUUUCUGACCUGGUAAAAGCCAGUGAGGAGGGAUGGAUCUUCUUCAGCUCCAGUCUUUACUACGUCUCUAAUGGAAAGAAGAGCUGGACUGAGAGCAGAUACGACUGCAGAAAGAGAGGAUCAGACCUGCUAAUCAUCAACAGCAGAGAAGAACAGGACUUCAUUAACACAUUGAGAAAAGAUAAGAUGGUUUGGAUUGGUCUGGGUGACAGUGAAACAGAGGGGGUCUGGAAAUGGGUGGACGGAUCAGAACAGAUCACUGGGUUCUGGCAUUCUGGAGAACCUAACAGUGAUGGAGAUGAGGACUGUGCUAUAACUGAUCGGUACUGGGCUGAUUAUCCCUGUAAUAGUCAGUUUAACUGGAUUUGUGAAAAGAGAAUAUUAAUUACAGUUUAAACACAUUUGGGUUUGUGUGUAUUGAUACAUGUGUGAGACAAGUUUACUAUAUAUGUAUGUUUUUACAGUUCUGGAAAAAAUAUUAGACCACUUCAAAAUGAUCAGUUUCUCUGAUUUUGCUAUUUAUAGGUUUAUGUUUGAGUAAAA